AUGUGGGACAGUUUGAAUUUCAUUGUGGUUCUCGUAGCCGGAACGACAACGGCACCUGAAGAGCUGUUGCAAGUGCUGCUGGUGUACAUCGCCGUGGAAGCCUACGGACUAAACUACCACCACCACCAGCCGACACAAGCCGGAUACGGGGGCGCCGGCUUCGGUGGCUACGCUGCUUCGGGGACACCUUACGGAGGAUACGAUGCCUAUACCUCUCCACCUCAGCCGUACAGUUUCGGCUAUGGCAACGUGGACGAGUACGGAAAUCGGCAGUUCCGCACCGAGCAAGGCGAGUCCAACAACGCCAAGACCGGCUCGUACGGCUACCGUGACGUCAACGGCCUCUACCGUCGGGUAAAUUACGUGGCCGAUGCGAACGGCUUCCGUGCCACCGUGGACACCAACGAGCCCGGCACCGCACCUGGUGCCAGCGCCGACGCGGUCUUCAACGCUGCGCCAGUCGUCACUCCGGUUCCCUCGGGUGGUCCACAGAUUGGUGCACCUGGAGCCUAUGUCGCUGGGGCGGCGGGGCCUUACAACGCUGGUGGCUACAGUGGUUACGGCGGAUACGGACACAACCCCUACGGAGGCGUUGCUGGAGGCUACGGAUACACCCCGUACGGACGUCAGGGUUAA